AUGGGCGCACGGUACGUGCUGUUCGCGGUGUUGCUGGUGCCGCUGGCGGUGCUGAUCGGGGGCGCAUACGGUGGCUCCUGCCGGGAGGCCACACUAUGUUGCAAUGGGCGCGACUCGUCGUGCGUCGUGCAGAAGGCCCCGCUGAACGCGAUCAUCGAGGACCUGAACGAUAAGCCGUGCUACUGUGAUCACGCCUGCCUGAAGCUGGGCGACUGCUGCGACGACUUCAAGUCCCACUGCGGAGUGAUCGACUGCAUCGUGAGCGAAUGGGGCCAGUGGAGCGAGUGCGACACGGCGUGCGGAAACGGGAUGAUGUCGCGCACCCGCAUCAUCGAGCAGAAACCGCAAAACGGUGGCAAACACUGUCCGUCGCUGGUGCAGAAGCGCGGUUGCCAGGGACUGAAAUGCCACAAUCAUCACGAUCGGAAAGCACUCCGUGAAACUGCCCUCCUCCUGCCGGCCGCCCUCUCCAAGAGCCGCCACGAGAACGACACCAGCGACAUCCGGCGAAAUCUACGAUUGCGCUACAAGAAUGCAUUCAAGCACAACCGAGGAAAUGAGUACUGCGUCGAGUUCGAGGUAAUCAAGGCGACCAAGGCGUGCCAUAAGGACAACACCUACCGCGGGCUGGCCGAGGGCGAGCGGGUGAUCGUCCGCUGCGACCUGGAGGCCUUGCAUGAGGACCGAAGCGCCGAGCCGCUCGCGAGCAACUCGAUCCAGGACGAGGACGAACCGGAAACGCCCAAGUAUCGCUGCCGGGGCGACGGCCUCACCGGGCGGAACACCCGCUUCACCACGCUCGCCAUGCCCGCCUGCCGGGGCAAAUGGAUGCGCCUCUCGCUGGGCCAGCCGAAGAAGUGCCCCUCGAGCGAUGCGCAGUUCAUUUUCGUCUAA